CUGUUCCGCGUUUUGGGAAAAACCAUCGACAAAUCAUAAACCUUUCGCUCUUUUCUCCUUCUUCAUAAACUGCUUCACUCAACUCUCACGCCCUUCCCGACCACAAAAAUGCUGACAUCUUCUGUCUUUAAGGAGUUUUGAAUCUACUGAUUCACUGUAGUUCACUCAGAAUUUUGGAAAACUGGUAAAAUGGAAGACAGCUACUCUACUGUAAGGAGAUGGGAGGAUCUGGACAUAGACAUUUUGGUGAAGAUUUUCGAGUUGCUUGACAUCUUCCAGUUAACUUCUGGCAUUGCUCAUGUUUGUAGCACAUGGCGUAUGGCUUGCUGUGAUCCGCUUCUUUGGAAAACACUUGAUUUGUCAAUGCUAAAAUCCAAUUUCAUCAAGAUUCCAUUAGAGCCAUUUGUCUACGUUGAUGGGCGAUCGGAUACCACUUUGACCCGUUUGCUGAAGAUUUCUUUGAGUCUAAGCAGGGGGAACAUAAUGACAUUGAUCUUUCAUUUCAACCUAUACAUAAGCGAUGAUCAAUUGACAUACACUGCUGAAAGGUGCCCUGAACUCAGACGACUCGUUCUGCCAGCAUGGAACAGAAUCAAGAAAACAGGAAUGAUCAAGGCCAUCCGUGGCUGGAAACAUCUGGAGUCCUUGACAAUGCCUACCAUAGCAAAUCCGCCGUAUCUUCUGGAGGAAAUCGCAGCGAAUUGUGAGAACUUCAGUGAACUCAAGAUUAUGGGUCCCUGUGAUAUGUUCUUCGCUUCGUCCAUUGCUACCUAUCUUCCAAAGUUAAGAGUGUUGAGUCUUCGAUGUUCAACGCUAUUCAAGGAUGUUCUCAUUCUGAUCUUAGAUAACUUACAGCACCUUGAGGUGCUCAAUAUAUCACAUUGCAUUCUGAUGGAAACCGCUCCGCCUCCUCAGCAUAAAAGAAUCAUUAGAGAGAUCGAUCCGGCUAUCCAUGAGAAAGCUUCUCGGUUACGCGAAUUUCUCACAUGCAUGCAAGACUCAUGCAUCAUGUGCCAGCGGACAAGAACCGAUGAAGGGCUUGUGAGGUGGUACAAGUAUGAGGAAGGCCUGUGGAAAACAGAUGAGGUUAGGUCACUCUCACUCUGAUGAAGUCUGAGGAAACAGGAAGUGGUAUAGUAGUGAAUUUUAGGUAUUGCUGCUUAUGUUACCUUUUCUCCUGUUCUUUGACUUGUUCUUCUACCUUCAAAUAGUUCAUCCAAAUAAAGAUUGUUGGAUUAUAACAAUUGAAAUGUGUUGUUACUUGUGCCCCUGAGAAGAUGGGAUGUUAAAUUUUGUAAGUGUACAUAGAAGUUAGCCAUGUUCUCUGCUUUGAAUGUAGUUCAUACUUCAUAUGUUGACUCUCCUUUACAAAAUUUUCAAGUUCCUGAGAUCGGCUUUUAUGGCUAA